GGCUUCAGAGAGUGUCGAGCCGACGGCCGCGUUUGACGUCGCAUCCCUCGUACUGUACGGCUCGCGCGCACUACCGAUCCGCCUUAAGAUCUUGCUCGAUCAGUUGUUCAACCAGUUGCAGCACGCGCAAGUGACACGUUUACUAGCCGCGUUCGGCUGGACGUACGAGGAUUACACACGGGGAUACAUACUGCAGGAUUCGCAGAACGGCCCGGUGCUGGACCGAUGGAGCAUCUGCUCUCCUGAAGAGGAGCCGCUGGUACUGCAGCAGUUCCUCAGGUUCGCCGAGACGCGUCCGUUCGUGCAGCAGUUGCUGCUGGCCGCCGGGACGCCGGGUACGGAUGCUAUGUCACCAAGCAGACGACCUUCGCCGCCGACGAUGCCACUAGCACACUUACCGCCGCCGUUGCACCUGCUUCACUGCGGCUUGCCGCCGCCAGGCUCCAGGUUGCCUCCGCCUCUGCCCCCGCCGCCACCUCCGCCCUCUGUCUCUCAUCCAUCCAUGUCGCCGACCGCGCAGAAACAUUAUUCCACCGCGUCCACCGGUAACCCCGGUGUCACAAGCACCGUCAACUCUCCACCGAGAAGCCUGGACUCUCAUCUGACCGUCUCACCGCUCAACAGACUGCAAAGCAUGCAACCGUUCGACUUCAGGAAGCUUGGAUCGAUCGGUAUACCGGCGUUUCCACCUCUGCCACCGCCUCCGCCGGCGGAACAGCUGAUGCAGAACAGAAAAUCCAUGAGAAACCCUCAGAGUCCUCACAGUCCACCUCAUCAUUCGACAGUGAACCAACUUCAAAGGCCUCACAUGCCACCGGUUACACCGGUCUCCUCCUCGGCGCUCAACUUCGGCCAUCCUCUCUCCGUAGCCGUGUCUUCCGGACCUCUGCCGCCUAGUUUCCCCGCUCAUUUUCCACCACCGCCCAUGGGCAAGUCCUCGGGCUCGGUGACAGCCAUGACUGGACACGCGGACGUGCACAGCGGAGGCGAGAAGAGCAGCGAGUUCGGCUCGGAGGAGGACGAGGAGGACGAUGAGAACUCCGACAGCGCGUUGAACCUCAGCAGACGGGACUCUUCCGCUUCUAAACACGCCGCGGAUCACAGACAUCCUCAUCCGAUGCCUCUUCAAGCUGCACCUCUAGGCAGGCCGCCCGGAAUCCCUGGAAGGAAGCCUCACUCACCUGGCAAGAGACCCGGCAGCCAAUGGGGCGGAACGUCGGGGAACAUCCCCGUUCUACCGCCUCAGGUUGGCCUACCUGUCCCAGCCACCGGUCUAAAUCACCUUCCUUUUGGAUCCUUCCCGUUGCUCACGCCUCCUCCUGACCUCAGAUCGCCAGCCUCGCUCUGUGGGCUGGACUUCAAGCACCUGGACCUGCAGCCUGCCCAGAGCCAAGGCAGACCUGGCUACGACGAGGCUCUUCAGCAGAGAAUGAGCGCCAGCGCUUGCAUCUCCACCACCACCGCGUUGACCACAGCUAGCGUGGCGAUGACAUGUGCCUCAGAGACGCCUAACGUGAACAUAGUGGCCAGAGGAUCGUUCUCCAGCAACAGCUUAGCCGACACCGUCUCUCCGUCCACUCAGGCCUCCACCGCUGUCGUAGAAGGCGAGGACGACGACGACGACGACGACGGAGGCAUCGUGGUUGUAGCUGAAGACGACGCCAGUAACCUACCGUCCAGGUUGCCGAUGCACUCGGGCGAGGAAGACGACGAGCAACCGGCUGACUUCAGCCUGGCGAAGAGACCCAAGCUCUACUUCGGCGAGCCAGCGGACGACGAUCUGGUGAGCAACGCGGACAGCAACGAGGACAACGAUUCUAUGGGCACGGUGGAUCAGCAGAGCUACUCUGUCAGCCAGCACUCUACGAACUCGACGUCCAUGCACAGCAGAGGCGUCAGGAAGAGGAAAUCUCAGCACCCGACUAGAUGCGCCGUUCUGACAGAGGUGCACUCCUCCUCCACCGACGGGGACUCCUCCAACGACGAAGAAAGAAUGCAGAGACGUUGUCUGUCGGACGGAGGAGGGAUCGCUUCGGUGAACGACUUCCAGAGCCAGCCAGAGGACAUGUCCAUGUCUAGACUAGAAGCUGAAGAGAGAAAGGCCUCCCCUGGCUCUCCCAAGAACCUAAGUUUCAACGACCAAGAAUCGAGUUCGCGUUCACCGGACGCCAGAGAAGCAACCGUGAACGCUGUCAGACGAGACACGGUCUCUUCUCAGGACGAAGUAGCUCAAGAAGAGCCUCGUGAUCUGAGCUCGCGAGCGAGUAGCGUGAAAUCUCCCAAGAGGCAGGUGAGUCCCGAGCCAAAGGUGUCUCCGGACCAAGCUGAGAUUCUUUCCAACGCUGCGUCGAGCCAGAAGGAAGCUAACUCGAUGGAUCAUCAGGCGGACGGUGGGAAGAGCGAUAGCGACGAGAGGAGGAGAGACGAGGAGGUAGGGCCUAAAACGAAAAAAGAGUCAGAGACGUGUACGGUGGAGAAGGUGAGGGAUAAUCAGAAGCAGCAGCAACAGCAGCAGCAUGAGGAGGAGGAGGAGGAGGAGGAUGAAGAGGAUGAGCCGAUGGAGGAGGUCGAUGAUGAUGAUGAUGAUGAGGGUGAACGCGGCGCUCGUCCCGAUGAUCCCUCCCGUGCCCCGAGCUCGGUCGACAGCCGUCCGACGACAGCCGACGACCUCUCCCACGACUCCUCGACCACCAACACUUUGCGUCAACUCGAGUCCUUGUCGCAGGGUCGCGCGAUGCAGCGGUACACCACCACCAGCGGCAGCAGCGGGACGCAGCGGGUGGCUUCGAGGUGUGGCCGCGGCUCUACCAGCCCCGUCAGCCUCACGACGCACCAGGAGACCACCAUGGACAAUUCCUCACAUGGCUCUCGUUCAUCCAGCGCCUCACCCUCCACAGCGGCCAUGGAUAUGGACAAUAGCUUGAUCACGUACGCCCGUUACGAGAACGGCGGGUUCGUCAGCACGCAGGAGGUCCCGUUGGACAGAGAGAAUCCGAGACGUUGCACUGCCUGCGGGAAGGUGUUUCAAAAUCAUUUCGGGGUCAAGACGCACUACCAGAACGUUCAUCUGAAAGUGAUGCAUCGUUGCAGCGUGGACGGCUGCAACGCCGCGUUUCCCUCGAAACGUUCGCGAGAUCGACACUCGGCUAACCUGAAUCUCCACCGGAAAUUACUCUCCACAUCGUCGAGCCCGCCGUUGUCGUCUAGCAUGCCGCCGAGUCUGUCGCCGAGAGUCGAGGACACUCAGAUCAGCCCUCUGUUGCCCAACGAGUUCCUCGCCAGACUGUACGCGGACGCUGGAAUCGGCGCUUAUCCGCUAACGCCUGGACUGCCAUCUGCCGUCGAUCUGGCGGCUAGAAUACCCCCACCACAUCCGCUACUGCUGCCGCCGCAUCUCGGCGCGACCUUCUCCGGGCUGUCGUCGUUCGCGUCGCAUUUGGCCGGUUUGAACGGACUCACUCAUCAGCAUUUGAAUCAUUUGACGAGGAUGUCGUCGCAGGAACAAGGGAACAGACACCCAUCGGGCUCUGGCUCGCCUCUGUCUUCGCCUGGAUCCGAGGAUAGGAAAGAGGAGGCCAGAUGUACGAUACCCGGCUGUGACAGGGUGUUCGGCUCGAGAGCUGUCAGAGAUGCACACUCAAAGGAUCCACAGGCUCAUCGUGAUCUACCGGUUUUGUCGACGAGCGGCUCGUGA